AUGAGUUGAAGCGAAAGCGUAGUACGACAUUCGGUCAACAGAUGACGCGAGGCACUGUUGGCAGUUAUUGAAGUCACUGCAGCAUCAGAUGAGCGGUUAUCACAGUAACCGUUAUUUCUCAGUAACCGCCAACCGGUUAUUUGUAUCAGCUACGUUAUUUUUUGCCACCCGUAGUAGUAAGUACAAGUGUCAACUGUCAAGUGUGUUGCAAGUUGAUGGAGUAUGGAGAAAAAGCCAUACAUUGUGUCCGGUGAAGCUCCGGAAUCUGACAGUGGUGGCGAGGAAUUCGCCGUUUCGGAUGCUCCAUUCCAACAGGCUGGAACUUCGAGUGCUAGCAACUUGCAAGGCAUAAUAGUCGCAGGAGAAGCGCCCGAGUCGGACGAAGAACGCGAGGAACCUGGUAGUGUGAGCAGCAUCAGUAGUGCUGCAAGUGUUUCUUCAGAAACUUCGCUGACAACAAAUGUGAAAAAAGGCUAUAAGGGAAAGAAAUCGGAAAGCAAAUACAGCUCAUUGCUGCAUAAAAAAUUGCGUGAACGUAACAUUUCACUCUAUAAGAAUAUAUCAGAGUUUGCAUACAGCACUCUCACAAGUGCAGGCAGAGAUCUGAACUUGACAAACCAACAACUUCUCAGAUCGCAGGUACAACUUCAAGAAGCAGCUACAUCUCUUCAUAUAUUACAGUCGCAUCUCACUCAGCUGCAUACUAAAAUAGCAGCAUUUAUCUACAAAGCACUGGAAUUUCCAACAGACUGUCAAUCCUAAGGGCCCGGGUUUGAUUCCUGGCUGGGUCGGAGAUUUUCUCCACUCAGGGACUGGGUGUUGUGUUGCGUCAGAUCAAAAGACUUGCACCAGGCGAGCGGUCUACCCGUCGGGAGGCCCUCGUCACACGUCAUUAUUAUUAUUUAAAGAAUUAAAAUCUGUUUUCACUUCAUAGCUUAUAGAAGAGUCCAAGAGUAUGCAGCAACCUCUGUGAGAUUUUUUUCUCCCUGCAAUAGCUGGUUGCAACAUUCGAGUUUUCAAUUUUAUAUAAAAUAUUUAUUGUAUUAGAGCUAAGGCAGUGUUCAUUUAAACAAAUAAUUUUUAUUUUUUUACAUUCUGAGAGAAGAAUUUGUAACUCGUCGAGUUUGUAGCGUAGGCUGCUGGAAGAUUUAGAACUUGAGCCAUUUAUAUUCCAGUGCAUCAAAUAAGAACUUUUGCUUGUUUUAAUGAUAUUAAGCAUAUAUUUUUUAGACAAUCUUUAGCAGAUUUCUUUUCAGCUAACAGGUAUUUUUCUUUUACAUCCCCUCCAGUAAAUAUUAGUUUCCCUUAGUUUUAAUGAUUUUACAAACAUCCAUAAACACUUUGCUGAAGGUCAUCGAUCCUAGUCUGUUUAGAUGCAGUCCAUCCUUGGCUAGACAUUCCUUGCCCAAAAACUAAUUUGAGUUUAUAAAUAUUGCACCUAGUCUGUCACAACACUCAUUAAUUCUGCAAUUGAUUCGAUUAAUGUAACUGCCUCCACCGACCUCCUAUUUAUGAUUCUGCUGAUCACUAUCCUGGAAGCAGGGUAAAAGGAACUUCAAUGAAAAAAAUUAAGUUACAUUUAGAAAUAAUUUAAGAGAAGCUGAAUAGACUUAAAAUAGCUGUACUUUGUGUAAUAGUAACUUAAACAAUUUUUUAAGUAGCCUGUGUUGAAAUAUUUAAUGAAACUUUUCCACAUGUAACAAAACAACUAAUAAACUUAAAUGGAUAACUCAGGAUAUAAAAAUUUCUACUGCCAGGAAGAGGAAACUUCACAAUGAGCUGAAAUAUAAUAAAAACAGAUGUUUUCUGGGUAUGUGUGUCAUUAUAAAGCUAUUUUUAAGAAGUCGUGAAGACAGCCAAACAAAUGCCAAACAAAAAGUUCAUUGUACAAUGUAAAAGUAAAACAAAAGUAGUGUGGUCUGUUGUGAAAUAAGAGUUAGAUGUUGAAGUUAGUAGCAAUGAAAUAUCUAGGGUUAAAGUAGAUAAUAGCUUUGUUGAAAACCCCACUCAAAUAUCAGAGUGUUUAAAUGAAUUCUCCAUAAAUGUGGCAAAGUCAGAUAUUGAUGUAGCAGAGUAUCAGAGUAAAGUACAUCCCUUUGGACUCCACCAAGAAGCUGAGUAUCUUAUGUAUUUCAAAAAAUCACAAUAAAGGUUGUGCAAGAUGUUA